AUGGUGGUCGUGUUCCAAGGUCACAAGCCAGCCAGCCAUCCAUGCCCCCACCCCGUCCGUGUCCCGUCCCGUCCCGUCCCGUCUUGGCCGUCGUCUCUGCUCCUCCUCUCGCUGCAGCCCCUUACCGUCACCAUCUCAGCCACCCGAUCACCACCACUUUGUCGUCGUCGUCGUCGUCGGUUGUCGUCGUCAUCGCUGCAGCGAGGACAACCACGAUGUCGAUCGAUAUCGACACCGCCUACUUUUCGAAGAUGGCCACCGGAGAUAUGCAAGGAAUUCUUGCACGUCGUAUACGCGGGGGUGUCUACAUGGGGUCACCAAGGGAAGGGGAAAAUGACAAACAAAAUAAGAACCUGUCGGCAAUACCCCAGAAAUCAAACAACACAGUUUAUCUGUAACCACAAAUAAAUAAACAAAUGGAACACUGGGUGUCAACAAAGCUUCCCUAAGCUGCGCCGCGCCGUCGACUUUUGUUCAGUUUUGUUUGAAUGUUUAGUUGCCUUUGUGAAGGUACAGGUCGCUGCCCUCUUUGUCGAGCCUGCACCAUCUAGCCAUGUACUGAAAUGUGGGGGAGAGAGAGGGAGAGGUAGAAUAUCCCGUUCUACUGACCUUCUGGGAAGCCCAGGCUUUUGUUUUUCGAAAAACGUAGACUGCUUUCACUUUUAUACUUUCUUUACAAUUCUCAGGCCCUUGCCCCUUUUUCUUUGA